AAUCGAAUACUUCUAAAUAUUUUCUAAAAAUACCUCGGAAAAUCCCAAACAAGGAACUCCGCUUUUGCACACGGCCACGUAACACACGUGAAAUACGGUUGAAAUCGGUUUAAUAUCUUUUACUAAUCCUAAUUGUGGCCAGAUUCUGAAAUAUAUAUACAGUGAGUAAAAAGACGGAAAGAUGGUGUUGUCCUGUAGGUUUUACUCGAAUCGUUUCCCAGAGGUUGAAGAUGUCGUCAUGGUUAAUGUACGAUCUAUUGCUGAAAUGGGAGCAUACGUUCAUCUCCUGGAGUACAAUAACAUAGAGGGCAUGAUUUUGCUUAGUGAACUGUCAAGAAGACGUAUUCGAUCAAUUAAUAAAUUGAUUCGUGUUGGAAGGAAUGAAUGUGUAGUUGUUAUAAGAGUAGAUAAAGAUAAAGGCUACAUAGAUUUAUCUAAGCGCAGAGUUUCACCCGAGGAAGUGGUCAAAUGUGAAGAACGAUUUGCUAAAGCCAAAGCUGUGAACAGCAUACUGCGUCAUGUUGGAGAAUUAUUGGGAUAUAAAAAUGAUUCACAGUUGGAUGAUCUCUAUAAGAAAACAGCUUGGCAAUUUGAUGAAAAAUUCAAGAAACCUACAGCUUGUUAUGAUAUAUUUAAACAUGCAGUAACGAAUCCAGAACUUUUAGAUGAAUGUGACAUUGAUGAAAAAACAAAGGAAGUAUUGUUAGAAAAUAUCAAACGUAGAUUAACGCCUCAAUCUGUGAAAAUUAGAGCAGAUAUAGAAGUUGCUUGUACAAAUUAUGAAGGAGUAGAUGCAGUGAAAAGAGCCCUAAAGAAAGGUCUUGAACUAUCGACAGAGGCAAUGCCUAUAAAAAUCAAUCUCAUAGCCCCGCCACAAUAUGUGGUAACAACACAAACUUUAGAACGUACAGAUGGUUUAAACACAUUAAAUGCAGCAUUACAGGCUAUUAAAGCCAGUAUAGAGGAAGCAGGGGGAAUGUUCAAUAUACAACUACAGCCUAAAGUUGUUUCUGACAUUGACGAGCAAGAGUUGGCCAGUAAACUCCAGCAACUGGAGGAUGAGAAUAGAGAAGUUAGUGGUGAUGAUGACGACGACGACGAUGAUGAUGAUAAAAGUGAUAAUAGUGAGCCCGAAGAUGACCAAGGGGAAUAACUGUGAUAUGAUAAAUGAAAUAUUUAUUGUUGAAGACAAGAUGGAACUUAUUUCUAGAUAUUCUUUUUUAAUUGUGUAUACAGUAUUUUGGCCCAGGUAUUAAAGGAACUCCACUGAGGUGUAAUAGCCAAAAUAAUAAAAUUUGUAAUUCUUUUUUCUAUCAAUUGCAGCACUUAAAAUAGAAAAACUAUGCAAUAGGUAAUAAGUGAUUAUACUCAUUACUAAAUUUAUAAUCGGCUUUUUUUAUGCUGUUUUUGGCGGUUUGAGUGAAAAGCAUUGCAACGCUUUCAUUUUGGUGUCAAUUUGCGCAAUAAAUUACCUAUACCAGGUACACGAAUAACAAAUGAUAUGAAAUUUUGCACACAAGUUAUUGGUUUAGACCUACAUAUGGUAAUACAAAAGUCUUAAAAAACUAUUUACAGUCCCUUCAUGUCAAAAAACCUCAGUGGAGUCCCUCUAACUUGUUAAACUGCAUAGCAGCAAGAGAUAAAUAUGGUUAAAUGAUAAAUUACUGAAAUAUUCUCUGCAAGGUUAAAUGAUAAAUUACUGAAAUAUUCUCUGCAAGGUUAAAUGAUAAAUUACUGAAAUAUUCUCUGCAAGGUUAAAUGAUAAAUUACUGAAAUAUUCUCUGCAAGGUUAAAUGAUAAAUUACUGAAAUAUUCUCUGCAAGGUUAAAUGAUAAAUUACUGAAAUAUUCUCUGCAAUCAUACUGUUAGAAUGGUUUUACUAAACGCAGUGUUAUGUGUAUACUACAAUUUAGUUUUUCUGAUCUAUGUAAAGAAUGUCUAGAAAUUAGUUUUUGCCUGUCUUUCAUAAUUCAGGAAACAAUUUCUAGUUAUUUAACAAGUGGUGUGGAAGGAAUGAAAAUAACAGGACUGGAAUGAUUAAUGAAGGCUGCAGAUGACAAGUAAAAGACUUAUUGUAAAACUUCAAUAAGCAUAUGGUAGUUACGAUACUGGUAUAAUGGCGGUAUUGAAUAAUUUAAAUGUAUUACUUAUUCUGCAUAGAAACAUUUGGUGCUUCUUUUGAAUAGAAAAUCUGAGGAAUUCCUCAUAAAGGAAGGAUAACAAAUCUUGGUUUGUUUACUUGUUUAAAUUUUGUGAGAUCAUCAUUUUGUCUUAUUGAGAAGUAUGAACAAGAUUUAAAAGAGCAUUGAUGUUGUAAAGAAAAUGUAAACAUUAAACAUUUAUUAUUAAAAUUAUCAAACUAAAUAAAUGUUUACUUGAAA